CUCAAAGUAAAAGGAAAUACAAUACCGUUUAGAUUCUUCGUUUACAACUUUCAUGCAAAGAUCGUAAAGGAUGUUUUCCAUCGGAGAGAAAGUGGAGUUCCUUUUGACCAAUCCAUUCUCUACGCCCGUGGGACAGAGAAUAGAAAGAGCGACCAGUGGCUCAUUGCGUUCUGAAGAUUGGGGUCUGAUCAUGGAAAUAUGUGACAUUAUCAAUGAGACUGAAGACGGACCAAGAGAUGCAGUCAAAGCUAUAAAGAAGAGGAUAGUCGGGAGCAAGCAUUUUGGAGAGAUCAUGUCAGCUCUUACAGUUCUUGAGGCCUGUGUGAAAAACUGUGGACAUCGUUUCCAUCUUCUGGUCACUUCACAGGAUUUUGUAGAAGGGGUUUUGGUCCGAUGCAUUUUACCAAAAUACAACCCCCCAACUGCUUUACAAGACAGAGUACUCAGUCUAAUCCAGUCUUGGGCAGAUGCAUUUCGGAGCACCCCUUCUCUGUCUGGGGUGGUACAUGUGUAUGAUGAUCUGCGGAGACGAGGUUUGGAGUUCCCCAUGACGGACCUGGACGCUCUCUCCCCCAUCCACACUCCCACCAGGAGUAUCCCUGAAAAUGGAACCCAUGACGUGACUCCGCCCACAACUCACCCUACAGUGACAGAACCUCGGCAAACUCCGCCCAGUCAGAGUGCUGCACCUACAGUUCGACACAAUGAUGGACCAGUUUCUCUCUCUGCAGAACAGGGGCAGAAACUUCGGAAUGAGUUAGCGCUGGUGAAGGGGAACCUCACUGUCAUGUCGGAAAUGUUGAACGAGAUGAUCCCAGGACAGAGCAAGGCAGAUGAUACAGAUCUACUGCAGCAGCUGUAUUCUGUGUGUAAGAAGAUGCAGCGUCGUGUAGUGGAGCUCAUCCCCCAGAUCGUGGAUGAAGGAUUUGUGGAAGAAUUACUGGUUGUCAAUGACGACCUCAACAAUAUAUUUAUACGCUAUGAAAGAUUUGACAGGAUGAACAAAGCACAGUCCAGUAAUAAUCAAGAACAACAGAGUUGUGUCAGCAGUUUGAGCCUCAUUGACUUCAGCCCUGAGUCUUCAAAUCCCAGUGAACCUGCAGUUAUCACAACAACCAGCCAACCUGCAGUCACCACCUCAGCAGCUCAGAGACAGACAGCCAACCACAAGGUAGAAGAGGAGGAGUUUGACAUGUUUGCCCAGACCAGAGGCAGCUCACUGGCUGAGCAGAGGAAAAGUGUUAAGUAUGAAGACCCUGGGGCUGUGGAGGGCUUAGCAGGUGCUCUUGACACGCGGCUUCAAGUCACCGGAGGGAUGCCUGUAGCAAAAACCUCUGUACAAAAUGACAUUGAUCCUUGGUUAUCUUGUGAUAUGCCUGAGGACCAGUCAGCAGUUAGUGAAGGUGUAUCCAGUGAAGAGCUUGAUAAGUUUUUGGAGGACAGAGCUCGAGUGGCAGAUCACAACAGCCGACCAUCUCGAAGCCAGCAGCCGCUAUCCAGACCCCAGCCUCAGUCCGCAGAGCAACAAGACAGAACUCAUGACCAGCUCUUUUCUCUUUGAACAAAUCAGUACUAAUAAUCACAAUUAUACAUGUCCAUGGGUUUCAGAGUGGUCCAAAAUUCCAAAAAGUGUGCCAAAAUACUAACUAAUCUAAACCCAAUACAACAUGUUCUGCUAUAAUGGUCAAAACUACAUUAACAGACACAGAUUUGAAUAUUUUUACUUGAAACAUGAUUUAUGCUGAGAAGAUAAACAGUGUUUUAUUCAAGUAUCCUUUUCAGAGGACAAACAUAUUUUUUUAUGUUACCAAGGUAUACAUACACCAUAAAUGUCUGUAAAAUAAUUACAGCAUGUGUUAAAAUACUUGGCCUCUACUAUAGGUGAGGUUUUUAUUAUUCAAACUCACUACCAAACCACCAUUCAAACCAUGCCACAUUCCCAGAGUAAAUACUGUAAUUCCCUGCUGUCUUAAUUGUGUGAUUUCCCGCAAUACUCUUUUAUGUAUUUAUGAAACCAUUGUUAAAGUGCACUAUGUAACCUUUUGGUCUGCUUGUUUCUAUGGAUGGGUCACUGCUCUCCCUAGAAUGUUCCACACUGUGACAUUAAACAGAUAUUACAUUCAUUCAUUUACAGGUGGUUUUAUAGCUCAAAGAUACCUUG